AUGGACGAUCUACGUUCAGAGCUGAGUACGAUUCAGCAUCGUGCAGAAGAGAUGAAGAGGAUAGGGGAAGGAGCAUUGAAGGCAAUUGCUGUGGGCAUGGCAAGCACUGGGUUAUCUGAAUUUGUCCCCGACCUCAAUGCACCUGCAGAGGAUGAGUGGAACGUUUUGCAUAGGGGCAUAGCAAUCAAAACGUUUCAAGACGGGAUGUUGGUGGGAGGAGGUUACGACGAAUGGGCACCGUUAGAGGAUAAGUACGAAAACAACUCUUGGAUGGCAUCAAUCUACAACAACUACAUCUUCCAUUAUAUCCGGGGGAAAGUCAAACGGGAACUCAACAAUCCAGGAGUUUUGCAGGAAGACAGAGAGCUAGAUAAGGUAAAGAAGAGCCAAGCAAAGGUCGCCGAACGGCGUACAGCUAUUUUAAGGAAGUUGGGUCAUAGCAAUGAUGUGCAGGACCUUUUCAGGACGGUUAACUGCAUUUCCGAUACUGAGGAGCUACCUGACGGCAGCUUAAAGGUGUUGGCAAAGCCGGACAGGUGUUCACUGUUGAGUGAGUUGGCAGGGGUGCUAGACGAGGUGCGAGAGGGUAACGGCCAGCCUCAAGCUAAGGAAGGGGGUCAGAAAGGUCGCAGGACGCCAAGAAAGGGCAACUUACCACAUAAACACGUGUGGGAAGAACUUCCUUCGCACCCUUCUGAGAUCGUGUAUCCAAAAGCCGGUACCGUUCCGAUGGACUACUUCAAUGCGGAAUUUUUUAAUUCCUUAUCCGUAGAACAGUGGGCACCCUACAGCCAAUCUCCAUAUAUAGCGUUGCCCCCUGAUCUCAGUGUUGAGGAAUUUUUGAACGAAGAAAGUCCCCAUCCUUUCAAGAAGAUGAAACAAGACCAAUUCAUGAAAGCUUAUGGCAAUGCGGUCUUGAAGCGAUACAACUUCCCUUCAAUGGCGGAAAUCAAGGCAGCAAGGAAGGCAGAGAGAGAGAAUAGAUGGAAGAAAAAGGAGCAUGUCAAGAAGGCUAAUCGAAUGCGCAGGAAAAUGAAUAGGAAGGUUCGUGAUUCGUCGAGUAGCGACGAAUCGGACGGUGAAGAAGAGGAAAAGGAGGGGGAUGAUGCAGAUGAUGAGCCUGAAGACAUUCCAGAGCAAGAAGGGGUAUUCACUUCUGUGAUGGACCUAGAGAAGGAUGCGGAAGCCCCUGCACAUCUGAGGUGGCGAGGCGAGAAUAUCUUGCACUUUGCGGACAACGAGAUUGGUUGGGAAUGGUUCCGGACACCAGAAGGGAAGAUUAUACGUCAAGGCAUUCGUGGUUCUAUCCCUCGCGUUGUUGAAGGCGAGGAGGUGCGCUUUCUUAGCACGGAAGGCCCUAAGGAAACCCGGCCACGACCAAGAGACAAAACAGAUGAAUUUGUUGGACCCAUAAGAGUUGCCUUCAGCGGCCAACAUCUCUGCUAUUAUGCAGAUAUGGGAGAUCAGUAUGAGUGGUGGGAGAACGAGAAGGCUGAAGUGGUGUUCGAGGGGAAGCUCGGCCAGCAGCAACAUGUCCUCGUUAAGCCAAGUAAUAUAGAAGUAGUGUUCACCAGCGUCGGUGGCUAUCACGACGAACCUCCCAACAACUACGACUUCAAGAAGUUGGAGCGCCAGCUGAUGCCGGCUCGUCAAAAGAUGAACGGUGUGGUUGUUCUAUACUAUCACCAUCGAAGGCUCAGAUACCAGUGGUGGAGAAAGAUGGAUGGGCAAGUCGUGCGAGAGGGUAUCGAAGGUUCGGUGCCAUUCAAGUGCAAAGGAGACGAAGUUGUAUUCCCUCGGAGUGACGCCAUGAACCAACGAGAACUACCGAUAGGGGAUAAGAAAGGACACCAUGGCCCUAUCGAGUUUCUGUUGAAGAGGGAUUGUAUCCCAAUACUUUACUACGCUGACCUCAAGAAAGACUAUGAAUGGGUUGAGGAUCGUGGUGAGAAACGGAUUAUAUACGCAGGGAAACGGGGCUCCUGGCGCCAUAGACUCUUGGACCCAGUUGAGAGGUGGAUAGAUGUGGUUCAAGUUGAGGAUAAUGGAGAGAUGGAAGUGGAUCCUGAGAAUGGUCCAGAGAUUGUAUUUUGCUCAGACAGCGGUCAUCAAACGUGCACGCUGUACGAAUGCGACGAAGAUCCUUUCCAGGUAUACGUGACCGUCGACCUCUCGCAGGAAGUUAUGUGGGAAUGGCACCAUUGGGAGAUGGGGGAUUCACCGGCGGAUAUUCGCAGGCAAGGCCCUGUUUGCUCGAUCCCUAAUGUCAUUCAUGCAACGAAGCUAGUAUACAUCCAGCCUCAAGACUACAACCCAUCCAAUAAGACGACGUGUAAGGAAGUCUGGCGUACGUGGUCGGUGGAUGGUAGACUGGGCCCGUGGAAAUGGAAGUGGAAAGGUCGAGACCUGUCUAUUUGUUGGGAGGUGAAUUCCGUUGAAAUGAUAGAAAGGUGGUUUGAACCUCUUUCGAGGGCAAUUAUCUGGGAAGGGACUUGGGGGACUUCAGAGGUGGAACUGGAUCGCAAAACACGCGAGGUCCAUUUCACCAACGACCAACUUCAACAUACCGUGAUAGAGCCACCACCUCCAACGCCACCGCCGCCACCACCACCCGGUCCUACAGCACCAGCACCUCCUGGUCCUCCACCACCACCCAGCGGUCCACCAACUUCUGGUCCUGCUGGUCCAAGUUCCACCCAGCCACCUCAUUUGAGUGCAUCUACAGGCCAACCUUUGUACCUUGCGAGGCCAUACAUCUGCAAGAAUUCCGAAACUCCUCAAAAUCCCAAUUGGCCACAUGAGGGCCACGAGAUUUACCGUACCGUGAUCAGCUCUGAGGGAACGGAAUGGUGGUAUACCCUUCAUGGCGGUCUCCUGUCUGUGGGGCCGAUAGGAGUAGGAUGGGAGCAACUAAGCGACAGAGAGAUGAUCUUCUUGGCAACGCCACCUGGAUAUAUUGAGGCACAGGGCCCUCAGAUGCAGCUAACAGAAUCCCAACGACGGGUGGAGGAGGUUAUGUGGAAAGCUGCUGAGGAUAUGAAGAAAGAUAGAAAUGAAUGGAAGGUGAUAAAGGGAAUGAAUGACGGAAAGCUGGUUUGGGGUCUAUAUAGCAUGAGAGCAAACCGAGAAGUGUGGUUGGAGGAGGGCGGUAGGGAGGUAGUGCGGCAGGGAUACUAUGGAAGAACUGCAAUCAUUACUCCUGACUGGAGGGUUUAUUGGAAACCUUCUCUAGCAAAUGAGAUAUGGCUCUUCAAUUAUCGAGGCACCAGGAUGUCGCAUAUUGUGUUCCAUGAGGGAGGGGAGCAGUGGGUAGACCGAAACGGAAACCGGAUCUUCGAGAGUGGACAGUGGAUCGAUAAUUGCUUCAUCGGCAACCACAACAGCACCCUCGAGCUUAUCCAAGUCCCUGCAGGUUAUAUUCACCGACAGAACACUACGCAACCACCUGAGGCAGCACAACAGGAUGAAGACCGAGAAAAAACGCCAACUCAGGGUGGAGCGACGGUAACAGCCAGUGCAACUGCUUGGUCGGAGACAGGUGCUCAAAGAGGUGGACGGAGAGGUAAAAAGAAAGGGCGUGGGGGAAGUCGAUCUUCGUCCCAAGCUUCAUCCCAGGCUUCUGCACCCCCUGGACAGUAUAUCCCUGGCAGUAGCUCCAACCGAAGGUCAGGCAGCAUUGCAUCGAUUAUGUCGCAGGGUUCCAGCCGAUCGUUCGCUGGACAGCGUAGUCACAGAGUAAGGGAAAGUCAGAACCCGUACGCAGGAGAGUGA